UUCACAGGAUAUCAUUUACAUUCCUUGAAUACUUUACGACAAACAUUGAGAGCGGAGCUUAAUUCUUUACCUUGUCCAAGUCGUUUGUUCUAUUGGGUAAAUGACUACUCAGCGGAGAAUGAUGUGGUUUACAAGAACUCAAAAGCAUUUGGUCCUAGCUGCCUUUCUUUACAUUGCCGUAUAUUCAAAAGAAAGUGAUUUGUGUAUGAUGAAUGUGGGAUAUCCGAGGGCGAAGCUCAAUCAUUCAAUUGGAGACAGUCUGACGUUGAACUGUACUGUAAUGUACUGUAAUCAAGUACCUGAAACAAACUGGUGUAAAGUUCAAUCAAAUAGUUGUCACCCAGUCAUCGGACAAAAAAUACAGCCAUCACAUCUUGCCAAUAAUACAGAAGGAAAAGUGUUUGUACUUUACACAAUCUCCUCCAUGAACCUGACUGACAGCGGCACCUACCGAUGUUACGCCAAAUACGGGGAUGUAACGGUACAGGGAAACUCCAUCACUGUGAAUGUGUUUGAACCAAAAAAGCAGAAUGACAGGAACAAUGUCAAUGUGACUGCCACAAACUCUACAAUGAUGAAACAAAAUCCUCUCGGUACCCCACUUUGGAUCUUUUACACUAUUAUUGUCAUGGGAAUUUUGGGCACAGUCCUCUUUGUUGUUCUGAUCACAUAUUUCUGUAUCAGAAACUUUACUGAAUCUCAAGAGACAAAAGAACCCACUGACAAGUGUGAAAGAAAUGAAUGUAAUGUAAGUCUGGAUUUUUUUUCAUUAUUUCAGUUACUUCAGGGAGAUAAAUUUAGAGCUGAAAACCAAAGUGGGCUUGCUCUCAUUUAAAAGAGCUAUGCACUUACUUCCACUC